AGGAUUGACGAGUGCCACAGACCAGUGAGACUGAGGAAGGUGGUACUCAGUUACCCCAGCUCCACCUCUGACUUCAAGUUCAACCUCUCCCUCAACUACCGUCUCAGUAGCGUCAUCCACACUUACAGCGACCAGAAACCUUGUCUCGUGUUCUGUGCCACUCGGAAAGGGACGCAGCAGGCCGCAGCCACUCUGGUGAAAGAUGCCAGGUUCAUCAUGAACUCAGAGCACAAGAAAAGACUCAAUGCAUCGUCGACA